UGUCACUUCUAGUGUUCUCUAGGUUAGAAAAAUAUGUUUUCGUUAUUUACAUAAAUAAACCAUACCAUCACAUUCAAACAAAAUGAAAAAACUUUUAAUAAUAAACAAGAAAUACUCUACCUUAUGUUUAAACAAUUUUAGAAGCUUCUGUACAAAAUUUAAUACUUUUCAAGAUGAUUUUGAGAAGAAUCACAUUGAAACCAAUUUUAUGCAAAGAACACUGCUAUCUGUAGGAUCUGCCGCGGUUUCUCUGUUAAAUCCGCACAGAGGUGAUAUGAUAGCAUGUCUAGGCGAAACAACUGGCGAAGGAGCAGCAAAAUAUGUGUUAUCAAAAAUGCAGGAAGAUAAGGAAGGUUGUAAAAUACUACAGGAUCAGCCUAGAAUUAAUACAAGAACUGUAGAUUUGAAGUAUUUGGAACGACUACCAGAUGGGACAUUAGGUAAAACCUACAGUAACUUUUUGAUUAAAAACCAAGUGACACCAGAUUCUAGAUCGCCUGUUCAGUUUGUAGAUGACAUAGAGCUAGCCUAUGUACUUCAAAGAUACAGGGAAGUUCACGAUUUAAUACACACAGUUCUGCAAAUGCGUACCAAUAUGCUAGGAGAAGUAACAGUAAAAUGGGUGGAAGCUAUUCAGACUAAAUUUCCCAUGUGUAUUGGAGGUGCUAUUUUUGGCCCUGUUAGGCUGUUACCAAAACACAGGCAGCGAUAUUUAAAAUAUUACUUGCCUUGGGCUAUUCAAACAGGCACCAAUGCGAACUUUCUGUUAAAUAUUUACUUUGAGAAGAGAUGGGAACAACCUCUUACUGAGUUUCAUAAAGAAAUGAAUAUAGAACCUUUGAAAGUAAAAAAAUAACGUAUCAGUAUUCACUGGCAAUGUUAAUAGCUAGUAGGAGAUAGUUAUAUUCACAAAAAAUAUCUCAAGUACGAUAGUGCUAGUUGCAGGCAUGUAGAGUAAUGCCAAUAUCAAAUAACUUUCACAUAUUUUUGAUAUGUAUAUACUGUCAAUAAAUAUGUAUUAUAACGUAAAUGUACAUAAAAUAAGUUAGUUAUGAGUUUGUUGAUGUACUAUCUCCAUGUUUUUGUUAAAUUUUAAAAUAUAUUUUUUGUUUUAUGAUCA